GGCGAGCUGUUAGCCCGACUCCGAAAACAUGUUGAGGUUAUCCGCAAUGGAGAACCCGACAGAGUUACUUGGCUCUCCCGGGUAUAACAUUUAUUAAGUGAAAUGGGAGAAGCGGACUCUGUUUUACAACGAAGCAGGCAGCUAAAGUAGAAGUAGGCAGGAUGGGGGAGCGGGCUGUCAGCGGCUCCGUGGCGGCGAUCUCUCCGGUGCAGCAGAUGCUGGCCUCUGGCACUGGAGCCCUCCUCACAUCUAUUUUUGUCACACCGCUGGACGUUGUGAAGAUCAGGCUGCAGGCUCAGCAAACACCCUUCCACCAAGCUUUAGCCAGUGAGUCGACUCCAUGGGGUGGCGUUAUCCGCCCAUCCAAGUGGAAAUGUUUCCUUUAUUGUAACGGGCUGAUGGAUCACAUCUAUGUGUGUCAGAAUGGAACCAGCUGCACCAGCUGGUACAAAACACCAACACACUUUAGUGGGACGCUAGAUGCUUUUGUGAAAAUCUCCCGACAUGAAGGACUCAGGUCUCUGUGGAGUGGACUACCCCCAACACUGGUUAUGGCAGUACCUGCCACUGUCAUCUACUUCACCUGCUACGACCAGCUGCGGGACUUCCUGAGAUACGGUCUGGGCUUCCAGGGCAGCCACGUCCCUCUUGUUGCUGGUGGUCUGGCCAGAUUGGGGGCUGUGACGGUGAUCAGCCCUCUGGAGCUGGUCCGGACUAAGAUGCAGUCCCGCCGGCUGUCCUACAGCGAGCUGCGGGUGUGUAUCCGCUCCGCUGUGGCUCAGGACGGGCUGCUGUCUCUGUGGAGGGGCUGGGGACCCACCGUCCUCAGAGACGUCCCCUUCUCCGCGCUGUACUGGUUUAACUAUGAACUGGUGAAGGCCCAGCUGUGUGAACAGUCCCAAGUGACUCAGGCCAACUUCUCCAUCAGCUUCACUGCAGGAGCCGUCUCUGGAGCUAUUGCGGCGAUUCUGACGCUGCCUUUUGAUGUUGUGAAGACACGGAGACAGAUCCAGCUGGGCGAGAUGGAUACUCUGGGAGUUUCCUUAAAGAGAACCACGUCCACAUGGCACAUAAUGAAGGAAAUAUGGGCAGAGAUGGGCUACAGAGGCCUUUUUGCAGGUUUCAUGCCCAGAGUGAUCAAAGUGGCCCCGGCCUGUGCUGUCAUGAUCAGCAGCUAUGAGUUUGGAAAGACCUUCUUCCAAAAGAUGAACCUUGAUCGAGAGCGACUGGGAUGCUGAAGGCUGUCUGGUUCGCAGCAGCACAUGCAGACAGUUUUAUCAGGACAAACAGAAGCUCAAGGAACAGGCGGGUCUGGAUCUGUGUGAACAAAAAGAAGAAGAGGAUUCAGGGAUUUCAGGGAUGUAUCUCCCUUCAGACCUGCUCUCUUGAAAUGUAAACAGACUGUGAAAGACUUGAGACACACCUACAGCUUGAAGCCUGAGACAGAGAGCUGCUCUCUGACCACAGACUUGGUGUGAUUAUUUCAGUAAAAUUUAGACUAUGUUAAAAUAAAAUAAUGUGAUUGAUGCUUAAGCAAAAGGACAAAUUCCAUAGAUCACACCUCUGCACAUGUACAAAUGAUGAUGAAUCUGUGCAGGACACUGGUGUGCGCUUUAUUGCUUGAUGGGGAAACCCUCUUAAGGGCUGAAACUGCAUCUGAAGCAUGAGUCAAAGGAAAAAGUUCUCAUUCCUAUAUUUUGCAUUUUUGAGACCAACUGCAUGGUGUUUAUUGACUCAUUACAAAACUGGUCCACCCUGCAUCAGCUUUACUGCAUCCCCCUGCAUUCCUGUAGCAGUAAAGCAUGACCGCUGUGACAUCGGAGUAGAUUGCUGACAAAUCUGUUUUGUGUUUUGGGUAAAUUUAAAUAAUCUGUAGCACUUUUAUCAGAUAUAUAACUUCUAGUUUGUUUAUUGAAUGAAUUCCUCUUUUCUGUUCUCAUCAUUGGAGGAAAGCUACAGUAUACAAAACACAAAGCCUGGUGGCAGAAUUAAAGCCUUCUUGGAGGAUUUUUUCCAUGUGAAUUACGCAUUUUGUGAAGAAUUCAUGAACAAUUGAGCACAAUAUUCUGUGAAGAAAAUCACUUUGUAUGUGAUAAAGAAAACACAAGAGGCUUCCAAACUUCCCCCUGGUGGCAUUUUGAUGAUAUAUUAAUUUGAAUUUCUUGCCGACAACAAACAUAACAUCAAAACUUCUUACACACUGGAUCAUAAUACAAAAUAUUUCUGCCUUAACCUGAAAGGUGUCAAUGUGCAUCCUAUGUUGUUUUUUUUUAAUGAAUGAAAUGGUAAUAAAUAAAACCGCUUGAUUUUCA